GCUGCGUGCUGCGAUACUGAACUGAUCAUCCGCUCUCAUCUAGCAUCUGUAGUCGACCGGCGCGUCAAAGUGCAAAAACUGAAGAUCUACGGACGAAGGCGAAAAGGUAUGAUGAAGUGGACAUGACACAACGACAUGAUGAAGACCAUUGUGGGGAUCAUAUGGAUAAUGUUAGUGCUCAUAUCAGGAUGCUUAGGAAAUCCAGACGCAAAACGAUUAUAUGACGAUCUCUUAUCGAAUUACAACAAGUUGGUUCGUCCAUCGUUCAACGCCACAGACAACCUUACCGUUAAAAUAAAACUGAAACUCUCGCAGCUUAUUGAUGUGAAUUUGAAGAAUCAGGUCAUGACAACGAACCUCUGGGUCGAACAGUCAUGGCACGAUUACAAGCUGAAAUGGGAUCCGAAGGAAUACGGUGGAGUAGACAUGCUGCAUGUGCCAUCAGAUCAUAUAUGGAGGCCCGAUAUAGUUUUAUAUAACAACGCCGACGGUAACUUUGAGGUGACGUUGGCGACGAAGGCGACUCUCAACUAUACGGGCAGGGUCGACUGGAAGCCACCAGCUAUUUAUAAGUCUUCCUGCGAGAUCGACGUUGAAUAUUUUCCCUUUGAUGAACAAACGUGCAUGAUGAAAUUUGGCUCGUGGACUUAUGACGGCUUCCAGGUCGAUCUUCGACACAUCGACGAAGGCAAAAACGGCAAUGUAAAAAACAGCAAUGGAGUCGUCGACAUUGGUUUUGAUCUGACGGAGUUUUAUACUUCUGUCGAAUGGGACAUACUAGAAGUACCCGCUGUAAGACAUGAAAGGUUUUACACGUGUUGUAACGAGCCUUACCUUGACAUCACUUUCUAUAUAACGAUGAGGAGGAAAACUCUAUUCUAUACUGUUAACCUCAUAAUACCCUGCUUGGGAAUAUCAUUCCUUACGGUAUUGGUGUUUUAUUUGCCAUGCGACAGUGGAGAGAAGGUCAGCCUCUCCGUCUCCAUACUACUGUCGCUGACAGUAUUUUUUCUUUUAUUGGCUGAAAUAAUACCGCCUACAUCGCUGGUGGUGCCUUUGCUUGGCAAGUUUGUCUUGUUCACAAUGGUUAUGGAUACUCUAAGCGUAUGGAUAACAGUGGUGGUCAUAAAUGUGCAUUACCGUUCGCCGCAAACCCACGUAAUGAAGCCGUGGGUCCGACGCGUGUUCAUCCAAUUGCUGCCGAGGCUGCUGGCAAUGCGCAGGUAUAAUACGCCAUCGCAGAGAAUCAAUUACGAUUUCAGGCCGGAGGACAUCAAACCAAAGAAGGAUAAAAAUCUGGUGACAGUUGAAGUGGGAACGGACAAUCAUCAACGAGACCGAUCAUCAACGUCUUCGACCCCGGAAGUAGUCGAGUCCUCCGGACCUUUUCUGAAUGAGAUGCGUGCUCGGGGGUUGGAAGAAAUAAAUUUAGAAAGUACGUGUCGUAUCCACGGUCCGCAAGCGGCAACUACAUCGCAACUUCUAACAGGGGAGAGCGUCAACCGAAUCUGUAGCACACUUAAGAGUUGGCAUCAGUGCCCAGAAAUAUAUAGGGCCAUAGAAGGCAUCCGUUAUAUCGCUGAUCAUGUAAAGAAAGAAGAGGAUUCUAAUAGAAUCAAGGAGGAUUGGAAGUAUGUCGCAAUGGUGAUCGACAGAUUAUUCCUAUGGAUCUUCCUGGUAACCGUAAUCGUCGGCUCGGCCGGGAUUAUACUACAGGCGCCGUCCUUAUACGACACACGCGUCCCCAUUGACAUACAGCUCUCCGAAAUCUCCCCGGACACUGCCAGACCCCCUAAUUUCUUUCCGACACCUUAGGGUGUCCUCUAAGGGACAAUUACUAAUUGCAUUAAUGCCACGCGUAAAACACGUAUACAAAACUGAAAAUACACAUACUGUAUUUUGUGUACGUGUUUUAUGCGCGGCAUUAAUAUAACAACAUCUGCUAUUACUAUAUAACUACAUCGACACAAGCGAAACGUAUUACCUAACGUCCGAAAGACUGAAGCCGAAGACCUAGCGAGUGACCUCGGUGGUAAUGCGAAAGUCGACCCUGACGAAAAUGAGAAGUUUCAUAAAUGUUUGUUUAACGUUUACAUGAGCGUUUGUAUGGAAUUGAGGAAAACGUUUUUUGGGCGUCUUUAAGCCGUUUGCGUAAAAGCCUUACAAAACGUUUACUGAGAUAAUUCGCCACAUUGGAAAAGUCUGACAGUGACCUCUCUGCAUAAAGAUGCAUCAGCGUUUACUGAGCAUCCUUUGAAAAGCGUUACUUUAGCAUUACAGAACUUUCAUGAAACAAUAUAUACUGUAUUUUAUAAGCGUUCUGAAAGUGUUUAAAACUCAAGUGUUUAAAACCCAAUGGUGUUCUGUAAGCGUUCUUAUAAAGUUUGGAAACGUAUAACUCUCUUAAAAAAUCGUCAUCGAACGUUUUACAAUAUAAAGAUCUGUAUUUUCGCCAGGGGAUGAAUGCAUGUCGUUCGACUUUACCACCGAUGAGAUAUAAUAGUCUCGUCGAUUACUUUACAACACAUUUGCGUCGCGAACGGAGAAUUCUUAUUAUUAUUAACCCAUUAACUG